AUGAGACGAACUGCCACGGCCGAACUCGGUCGCUAUCUGCUUCAAGGCAGACUCUCGACGCGGGGCUGCCUCAAAAUCUCCCAACGUGCCGUUUGUCGACAGUCCUCCCUACGAACCAGCCUCGCUGGCGCCAGCCGCUCCCUCCAGACCGCGUCGACGUCGCAGCCUGCUGGGCCGCCCAUUGUGCCACUCCGAAAACAAUGGCGCGACGAAGCGAAACAGGCAAAGAAGCAUGGAAAGGGCAAAGCCAAGAAAGACUCGCAAACGGUGGAUGGGUGGGAGCUGACGGUGGGCAUUGAGGUACACGCGCAACUCAACACAUCCAAAAAACUCUUUUCGCCCGCUGUCACAUCAUUCAACGACGAUCCGAAUAGCCAUGUCGCACUCUUCGAUGUGGCCAUGCCAGGCAGCCAGCCUCUCUUUCAGAACGAGGUGCUGAUACCCGCCUUGCGCGCUGCUCUGGCAUUGAAUUGCGACAUUCAGAAGACCAGUCGCUUCGACCGAAAACACUACUUCUGGUGGGAUCAGCCUUCGGGGUACCAGAUCACCCAAUACUACGAAUCGUUUGCGAAGAAUGGCCAGAUUACGCUACUUGCGCGCGACGGCAUUGCCCCCCAGGAUGGAGACAGUGUCACUAUCGGCAUACAAAAGGUGCAGCUGGAGCAGGAUACGGCCAAGACACUCGCUCAAAGUGACGAUACCCAACUGCUGGACUUUAAUCGUGUCGGUGUACCCCUGAUUGAAAUCAUCACCGAGCCGCAGAUGCACUAUCCUCGCACGGCUGCUGUGCUGGUUCGCAAGAUCCAGAUGCUCCUCAACACAGUGGAUGCUUGUGUCUCGGGCAUGGAGACUGGCGGUCUUCGUGCAGACGUCAACGUUUCUGUCCGCAGGCAAGGCGACCCGAAUACCCCCUUGGGCACCCGCACAGAGAUCAAGAACUUGAGCACCAUCAAAGCGGUCGAGGACGCCAUCAUCGCCGAACGCGACCGUCAGAUCCGCGAGCUUGAGGCCGGCGGGACGAUUGCGGGGGAAACAAGGGGCUGGGCCGUCGGGUCGACGGAAACACGUCGCCUGCGUGGCAAGGAAGGUGAAGUGGACUAUCGCUACAUGCCGGAUCCCGACCUUGCGCCUGUCGUUAUUGGAGAGGACCUGGUGCAACAUCUUCGACAGACACUGGCCGUAUCGCCAGACAUGGAGCUGGACAAGCUGAUUGCUGAGUUCGGGUUGACCGCAAAGGACGCCGUUUCCCUACUGAACCUGGACAACGGUGCACGUGUGCAGUACUUUUACAGGGUCCUCAACGGCCUCGAGACCAUGCUCCAAGCCAACGCUGGCGGGGAGGAGAUGCCUGUUCUGAAGAGCUACGCAGGUGUGGUGGGCAAUUGGACGAUCCAUGAAUUGGGGCGGUUGACGACGUCAAAGGCUGGGCCUUUCAGUCAAGUGGAGCUCGACUUCACCCCGGGAGGCGAGUGCGCGCAAGUGCCGGACGCUGAGCUCUCACAACUGUUGUACCAGCUGUACACCAAACGCAUCACCGGCAAAGUGGCAAAGGAACUCCUCAUGGGUCUCUAUCUAGGCGAUCUCGACGCCGGUAUACUGGAGACCAUUGAAUCGCGAGAUCUCUGGUUCCAGGAGCUCAGCACAGAAGAGUACAACGUGCAGAUUGACACGGUGUUGGAGGGUGAGGAAAGGGUGUUGCAUGAGCUUGUCAAGGCCGACGUGUUUCCGCAGAGGAAACUCAUGUUCUUGAUUGGCAAGAUGAUACGGUCCGGGCCGACCGAGAGGAUUGACCCGGCGACGGCAGAGCAACUUCUGAGGACGCGUAUUGCGGAGCUCCGCGCUGGGGCGUGA